AUGGGACACAUCAACACGACUGAGCCUACGCAAUGGUCCGACGAACGACGCAAUCCAGCAAUUGACUUUGGCCUCUUCGCAUUUCCAGCCUACGUGUUGCCUGUGCUGGUGGCCUCAAUAUUCGUAUGGAUUAAGCCUCAUUGUCGCUUCCUCCAACGUCUGAACAGGAAUCCUGCCCAGUUAGGACCAGGAGUACUGAAUGGGGUUCGAAAUGACCGGGCUGGAGACUUCCCACGACAAAUCCAAGGUCUUCUGGCACUCUUCCAUGUCUUUUGUACUGGCCCAGCGCUUACUCAGGAUAACAAGUCCUACAAGGAUGACUUAUUCGGAUAUGGCUCUGCUGAGGCGCUGUCACUGCUUAUUGGGGCAUUCUACCUGGAUCCUGCAAUGCUGACAUCCUACUUGGCGACAUCGACUGGAUGGAUCCUCCUCGCGAUCAACAAGAGAUUCUCCAGCGCGGCUAUGUUGCUGUCUCUGCCAUGUGCUUGGCAGAUCACUGGAUAUACGGGCAUCUAUCAUUGGCACUCUGGGAUCUUGCUGUUUCGUCUGGCGUCGGAUUACAUUGAGCUUGACCUAGUUGAUCAUGUCCGCGAGAAUGUCACCUACUACCUCAAAUCCUGGAAUCAAGCUUUCUACAUAACCUGUAUCAUCAUUGGCGCCACCAUCAACCUCGUCCGCAGUGCCGCGCGUCGCGAGAGUCUCCAAGAAGCCGUAGAUACCAUCCUAGCGGGUUUAUACGACGCCUGUCUUCAGGUCGUGCGAGCGAUCGUACACUUGGCUGCAUUUUUGGGACCUGUGGCUCUCAAUGCUGCAAUCACUGGCUUCUUGGCGACUUGUAUCGGAUGGCGCUGGAUAGUGGUGGGAAAGCCAGCGAACUCACCCUUCUCAUCACCACUGGCCAUGUGUUUGUGGGCUCUCUUCUACCUCGUGCUUUGGUGCCUCGUCCAAUUCUUGACAGAAAAGCGAGACCGGCAAAGGCGACAAGAUGUCGUGGACACGUUCCUGUAUGAGAUGGUCAUAUGCGCCGACGUUACGGGUUUGGCGGCUGCCUUGAUGGUCCUGUUGUGGUGGACAAUAGUUGUGCUUCUUCACACGAAAAUCCUCGUCUGA